CAAUGAACGUGGCGGAAAUUUUCACGAGGCGAGGUGACGUUUGUAUCAGUGCGGUACUGGCUGUUUUGAUUAUCCUAUCAAUGUGUUUAAAUAUUUACACUUUGAGAAACAUUUGGAGAGAGUGGAAGCCGACUCAUUUCAUGAACCCGUCUCUCAGAAUCGUAUUCAACACCUCUGUCAGCGAUUUCCUCUACACAAUAUUCCCAAUGAUUGCCUCGUUGGUGAGCGUAGCUAACUAUAGAUACAUGGGGUCAGGAUGGUUAUCUGAAAUUGCAUGCAAUGUCACUGGAUUCGUGUUUAACGUCACUCUCAGACAUGUUGUUCUCUCUAUCGCAGGGCUGAGUUUGAUCCGGCUGCUGGCAAUAACCCGACCAAUGCACUUCAAGAGACUGGUCCAAGGAACCUUAGUAUCCCGAUACAUGAUAGUCAUGUGGAUCCUACCGAUACUUGUUUCCAUUGUGCCAUUCUUUAAAGGAGCCAGAUAUGUUUACAGUCAGUACAUUGGACUUUGCACCUGGUCCGUCCACGAGCUACUACCAGACGGAAAGUUAAUUGUCUGGGGCCACGUGUUUAUGGUAAUUAUACCUCUGAUGAUACCCGGUGCUCUGAUUCUGGCGCUAUACUUUGCUAUAGUAGUGGAGAUGAUUAAACUUAGACAUAAACGGAAACAUCUUCAGAAGGGCUGGAAUAAGAUCUCAAAACCCUACCUUACGUCGGAUCAGUCGUUGGGAUUAAAAAGUAUGGAUACCGCGAAACCGUGUGAUGUGUUGGGUUCAACCUUAACCAUAAAUGGGAAAACAAUGAUUGGAGACGGACCACCAUGUUUGGUAUCUAGAUCCAAAACAGACGUGACACGUUCGAGAAGGUUGACCCAAGCAACGUACACAACUUUGACCGUGAUGACCGCCUUUUUGCUGUCGUAUCUACCAUACUGGCUUGUCUGCAUUGAGUUUCUGUGCAAAUAUGUGCGGUAUUACUAUCUUAAUGAACAGAUGACGUCAACAUUUGACAUCCUCUUUUUCAAAGAAAUCGAAAUGAAAGAUUUCUCCCUCUUGGUAAUGGCAAGCUAUACAACAAUCUUGGUAAACGCAUCAAUAAACCCUAUGAUUUUCAUAAUAUCACUGUUGAGAAAAAGCAAGGGUGACAUGGACUUGGAGAACAGACAAGAACCUGAUCAAGUCAACUGUAACAUUGAUCUAACUCGGAAAAGCGUCAAACCCUGUCGUAGCACCGAAGAACAGAAAUUCAGCAAUGUUGACUAAUAAAAGCGCUCGAAAAAGAUCACUGAUGGAUGUACACUUCCCAUUAAUCCCAGUCAGAUUUCAUAUUAUGGUUAAACUUAGAAAUAGUACAGACAAUUGUUAUUCUAAAUUCUGAUAUGCACCAGAUAAUAGAUUUUAAACGUUUUUAUCAUUUUCGUCCGUACUUUUGUAAUAUUGCCGAUAAAGUAAAAUAAUGCAGCUGAUUUUAUUUUAAUUUUUGCUCUAAAUUUACUACUACUCAAUUUAAUUAACUAAUUUAAUUUAAAUUACUACUUAAUUUAAUUACUCCAAUUUUAACCGCUGUUUUUAUGGGUGUUUGUAGCUUCAACGUUGAGAGUGAAACAAAAUGAAUUAUCCAGACUUUGAUAGCUUUAAUGUGUUUUUCAGAAUUGGUUGUUUUUAUUCUGUAUCGGCCCCACCACUGCAAAUUAUCAAUCAAUUGAUUGUUAGAACUACGCAUUAGUGCAUACUGUAUAAUUGCCAUAUUAUUACUAUUACAAAUAUGAAGUAUUUGUCCAAGGUCUUGAUCAUAGAGGGUUCUCUUUGUCUACAUGUAAACUAUAUGUACUAUAACAUCGUUUAAUUUGUUACGCUUGU